AUGACAUGGCAAAGAGCUCUACAGUUAAAAGCCCUUACAAUGGAUAUGAUGCAAUCUCAUGCAUGCGCGACAACUUGCGGGCGUUCACAACACCAGCGAAACACCAUGGUGUUUCGUGCAAACAAAAUAAAUCUGACAUAUAUUCAAAGUGAAACCAGGAAGAAUUGCGCCAUCAAGCUUGCCGAUGAUUUCGGCAACCGUCGGCUUCGUUCCGUCAUGUAUUCUACCCACGACCCAAUCUUUGCUAACGACACGGGCAAAGUUGCGACGCACGAUGUUCGUCGAUCUGCGCGAUAG